GGGAGUUCAACAUGGAAAAGAGGCAUAUUUCCAGUGAAUUUCGAUUGGCACUUGCGCUUGCAAUUGUCAAAGGUCGGGGGCGUUCAAAAGUUGCUGAACAAGAUGCGCAUUGGAAGAAGAAGGCUAGAUUGUACAAACAGGAAAUAAAAGCCUUGAGACAGGAGGUUCAAGAGAUGGACGGUAUGUUACUCAAUCGAGGUUACUGCACUUGAUCUUUCGAGGUCUUCCUCAUGUUCUGAAGGACUAAUCGAAGUCCAUAUAUAUCUUGCAACGAUAUGAGGCAGUUUCUAAUUCCUGAUGAGCUUGACUCUAGUCUCGUAGUUACACGACUAAUAAGGUUUAUUUGAUGACAAAAAACUGCUGGUUGCCAAAAUACACAGACCAUGCCACUUUAGAAAAGCUGCCAGCUCUGGCUCC